GUGGGGUUAGGUGAGUGUGGUGGGCAUUGAAUUUGGCUAUAAAAUGUAGUCUCACUCAGACUUGAACUGCCACCAACUUGUGUCUCUUUUUCGCAAAAGCCUUAACAUGCCUUCUGCAGAAUCAUCAUCACCUUCGUCCCAAACAAUAUGUGUCACCGGCGCCGGUGGCUUUAUCGCCUCUUGGAUGGUCAAACUCCUCUUGGAGAAAGGCUACACCGUCCGUGGAACCCUCAGAAACCCAGAUGAUCCCAAAAACGGACACUUAAAAGAGUUCCAAGGAGCCUCCGAGAGGCUAACUCUUCACAAAGUUGACCUCCUUGAUCUUGACUCCGUUAGAUCAGUCAUCAACGGCUGUGAUGGUGUCUUUCACACUGCUUCUCCUGUCACCGAUAACCCAGAAGAAAUGGUGGAGCCAGCAGUGAAUGGAGCGAAGAACGUGAUCAUUGCAGGUGCAGAAGCAAAAGUGCGACGUGUGGUGUUCACCUCAUCAAUUGGUGCGGUGUAUAUGGACCCCAGUAGAAGCAUCGAUGAGGUGGUUGACGAGUCUUGUUGGAGUGACUUAGAAUAUUGCAAGAACACCAAGAAUUGGUAUUGCUAUGGGAAAGCUGUGGCUGAACAAGCGGCAUGGGACACGGCAAAAGACAAGGGUGUGGACUUGGUUGUGGUGAACCCGGUUUUGGUUCUUGGACCGUUGCUACAACCUACCAUCAAUGCUAGCACAAUUCACAUCCUCAAGUACCUCACUGGCUCUGCUAAGACUUAUGCAAAUGCCACACAGGCUUAUGUUCAUGUUAGGGAUGUGGCUUUGGCUCACAUACUUGUUUAUGAGAAGCCUUCUGCUUCUGGUAGAUACUUGUGUGCUGAAUCCUCCCUGCACCGUGGAGAAUUAGUUGAAAUUCUGGCCAAGUAUUUUCCAGGGUACCCUGUUCCAACCAAGUGUUCAGAUGAAAAGAAUCCGAGAGCAAAACCCUACACUUUUUCAAACCAAAAGCUGAAGGAUUUGGGAUUGGAAUUCACUCCAGUGAGUCAAUGCCUAUAUGAAACUGUUAAGAGCCUGCAGGAGAAAGGGCAUCUUGCUGUUCCUCCAAAGCAGGAAGAUUCAACUACAGUGAAAUCCUAAACCUCUUUAUUGAAUUUGUCAACAAGUUUAAUUCAGGACGCGAAGCUGCAUCUUUUGGCAAUCUGGGCUUAUGUUAUAAUAUUAUAGAGAAUCCUACAAUAGAAGACUGUAUUUGGAUUUUGUAAAAAAGGCAUCAACCAAAUUGUUACCGUGUUUGAACAUGAUAAUAUUAAUGGACUUUCUUUUCCUCGUUGAA